AUGCUGGUUAACUUGGCGCUAGGUGCGACGACAUCACAGUUUGACACGUUGGAGUACUCGGGUUUUACGUGGGACAGUGACAAGGCGGUGGACGGAUGCACGCUCCAGGAUAACCCGGAAACGCAGCAGUGCUGUGCCGCCUCGCUAGGUACGGCGGAGAACUUCUGGCGUGUAGACUUGAACACCACGUACAGAGUCAGUCGAGUGAUGGUCUACGGCAGAAACGACGGCCAAGGGAUCCAACAGACGGGUGGAUUUAAGUUGCACGUGACCGACGGUAGUGGACAGGAAGAACAGGUGUACGACAAUAACGGUAUGGUUUAUGGCAACGGCGUAUUUGACGUCAGAUUCGUUGAACGUGACGUCAGAGCCGUCAGAAUCACCAGACCAGACUUUAGCGUCGUAACACUCUGUGAGGUGGAGGUUUAUGAAGCGUGUGCGGACGGUAUGUAUGGUGGUGACUGCGAGUUUACCUGUGGCCAGUGUCAGGGUGGCGCUCCCUGUGACAAGGUGACGGGUGUCUGUUCUGGCGGGUGCCAACCGGGCUGGGAAACCAGCACGUGCAAUAUAGCCUCUACAACAUUACCUGUAAUCCAGACCAGCACAUCAGGACCGUCAACGAACAUAUCGCCUGGAUCAGAGUCGUCAACCAUGAACUCAUCUCCUGAAUCAGGGUCGUCAACCAUAAAUUCACCACCUGGUCAAGGGAGCACGGACUCACAAAACCCGUCGUCUGGAUCGAGUCUUACACCAUCUCAAACCACAGGUCAGGGACAAAGUUCUACAACAUCCGGGACAUAUACUGAUGCCGUGAACAAUGCCGGCAACAUACCAGGGGCCCAUCAACUUAUGAUAUUUUAUUUUGGUGUAAUAAGUUUCCUUGUGUUGGUUAGAAAUUGACAGCAUUUUCAUUUGGAACCAUCUGUUGUAAUGUCGUAUUAAUUUGUCAUUUUAUUGUAUAUAUCAAUCGUGCUAGUGAUAAAGAAAUUGUUUAUUUGCAUAUACUAUGAUAUCACUCUGCAAACUUUCUACUUCAACUUCAAUCUUCGGGAACUACUUUAUGCUAUCAGACAAGACAUUUUAUUUUUGAAAAUGUUCCAUCCAAACAUGUUCUGAGUGUAAAAACAUGUCAAUGAAGGACAUAUUUUGAUAAGAACGAUGAUGAUAAAUAAAGU